AUGCAUGCGACUGUAACGAAUCUGACCGACGAUACCAUUUUUUACGAGACUAGCGGCGGGAGGGCUAAUGCAGAACGGCUCUCCAUUGGGCCUUCGUCAUCUACGACCGUGGCAAAGCUAGGGUCCAGCUUCAGGCUUCACCUGGGACGCCGUCCGUCUUCUAACUCUACGGAAGACGCCGUUUAUCGAGAGGACAAGGCAUUGCUCCGGGACUCCUCGUUCGUUAUCAAAACUAGAUGGACGACUGGGCGGUCCUGGAAAGUAAUAAAUUUACCGGAAGAGUGCCCAUGGCGCAUAUAUCAGAUCCGAGUGUCUAGACGACAGAAGCAGGUCGUCAUUCUCCCCAAGCGUGAUUUGUCGUCGUUCUUGUCCGAAUUACCGGACACACUCCCUCUUUCAUCUGUACUCCUGCCCGGUACGCAUGACACAAUGGCUUUCUACGGGUGGCCAGUAUCUCAAUGCCAAUUCAUGGAGACUCCCUUACCCGUCCAGCUACAGUCAGGUAUUCGGGUAUUGGACAUACGUCUGUCCGUGAUAAAGGGCCGGCUAAUCGCGUACCACGGAUUAUCACCGCAACAUGCUCCCUUCCAGCAUAUAUUAUCUACUGUUCACGCAUUCCUAUCAGCCCCUGCAACGUGCCGUGAGACCCUCGUCAUGUCGAUCAAACAGGAGGACUUCCAUGUCACCUCACCGGCAACUUUCUCGAAAUGUGUUCAUUAUGAGAUCACGAACGGACCUGGUGGACGAGAUAUGUGGUUCCUCGAGAACAGGGUUCCUACCUUAGGCGAAGUGAGAGGUAGGGUGGUCAUGUUCAGCCGGUUUGGCAGGGAUGGGGCUGGCUGGGAGGGCGGUACCAAAGGGCUGGGAAUACACCCGACGAAUUGGCCCGACAGCGAGAAGCUGGGGUUCACCUGGCCUUGCAAAAAUACCCUGGUCAGGACCCAUGACUGGUACGCGAUACCCUCGUUCUUGUCUAUACCGGAAAAGGUCGAACUAUCCACCAAGGUCCUCUUGCCGCCGGAGGACGAUUCGCCGAUCCCGACACUCACGAUUACAUAUUUCUCCGCGGCUUCACCUCUCGCACUGCCGCCCACCAUUGCUCGAGGGUUCGGCUGGCCCAGCAUAGGCUUGGGGAUUGAAGGCGUCAACUCCAGAGUGGGCAGGUGGGUGCUCGAUAUGCUGAGUCAGGAUUCAAGGGACCAGAGGCGUGAAGACCUGGAGAAGAGUCACCAGCGGAGCAGCACGGACGGCCCGAGGAUUAGAGGAUGGGCGUUGAUGGACUUCUACACUGACCCCGUCGAACAUGGGGUGGUGCCCUUGUUAGUGGAGUGUAACUAUAGAGGAAGAAAGAAAGGGGACGAGGGCUGGAUGUAAUCAUAUUUCUGUAGUGUACGUAGUUUCGUCUGUCGGGCACUGUAUCAUAUCAUACUCUCUUUCAUUUACCG